AUGUCUUCGACCACGAUCCCACGUGCAUCGUUAGACCUCACGGACAUCCAAGGCGAUAUCCUGUCGGGCUUGCCCAAGAAGACGCAGACCUACGUCUUCUUCCAAAUCACCGACGCCAACGACUUCCGGAUCGCCCUCUCCGACCUCGUACCGGUCAUCACGUCCACAGAGCAGGUCUUGAAGCACCGGAAGUCUAUCGCGGAUAACAAGAAGAAAGCGGCCGAACAUGGGCACGCGCCUCCGUUGCUCGACGACAUCGUCGGCGUCAACAUCGCGUUCUCGCAUACCGGCCUAGUCACCAUGGGCAUUACGGACGACAUUGGUGACAAAGCGUUUACGGAUGGUCAGCUCAGCGAUGCGGAGAACCUCGGGGACAAAGGCUCGACGGAUGCCCAUGGAAAUUUCGUCCCCUCGGACUGGUUGAACGCUUUCAGACACCCCGUCCACGGAGUCAUUUUACUUUCUGGUCCGAGCCACGCCUCCGUGAAGGCCAUGCUCCGAGACGUCGAGCAGAUUUUCCGUGUUGGUAGCCAUCAUUCCAGUAUCAAGAUUGUGUUGGAGGUUGUUGGCGAUGUGAGGCCUGGGAAGGAGAAGGGUCAUGAGCAUUUCGGUUUCCUCGAUGGGAUUUCACAGCCUGCCGUCGAAGGCUUCGACACUAAACCGAAUCCUGGUCAAGAGACGAUCCCUCAGGGUGUCAUGCUCCUGGGUCGGGACGUUGACAAGGCCAACAAGCGUCCGGAGUGGGCCGUCGACGGUAGCUUCCUCGCCCUUCGUUACCUUUCACAGUUGGUGCCCGAGUUCGACAAAUUUUUGGAUGAGAACCCAAUCGAUCUCCCUGGUUUGCCUCGAGAGAAGGGGAGUGAGUUGCUGGGUGCUCGGAUGGUCGGUCGCUGGAAGAGCGGGGCUCCCAUUGACAUCACGCCGCUCAUGGACGACCCCGCCCUUGGGUCAGACCCCUUGAGAAACAACAACUUCCGCUACCAGGGCGAGCUCAACUCGCAAACACGCUGCCCGUUCGCCGCACACACCCGGAAGACCAAUCCUCGUGCUAGUCUCGAAGACUUCGGUCAAGGUGGGAACUCUAUCGCGAAGAACCGUAUUAUCAGACGUGGCGUGCAGUUUGGGCCGGAGGUGACGGAACGGGAGAGGGAGGAAGGAAAGACGAUUAACGAUAGGGGUCUCAUCUUUGCUUGCUACCAGAGCAACAUUGAGAACGGGUUCCAAUUUCUUCAAAGCUCUUGGGCGAAUCAACCCAAGUUCCCUCCGGGCACGACAGUCACUCCAGGACUCGAUCCCAUCAUUGGGCAAACGACGGACGCUGGCGCUCGCCAGAUGUCAGGGGCCAACCCAAAGUCGCCAGAGAACAACAUCACGUUCCCUAUCGAGUUCGUUGUGUCAAAGGGCGGCGAGUAUUUCUUCAGUCCUUCUAUCUCCGCUAUACGCGAUUCGUUUGCUCUCGGCGUGCAGAUCCAGGGACAGUGA